GCACGCGAUGAGGACACCAUGGAGCAAAAGUGCAUCAAGCGCAAGGGCUCGGUGCGUUUGAGUGAGCCGCACUAUGUGCGCCUGCCCGAGCCACAGAAGCCACAGCUGCCGCCCAGACGCCAAAAGAGCGCCGAGGAAGUGGCCAUGCCCAAGAGCGCGCUGCGCCAGAGCAGCGCCAAUGAGCAGCUCGAGUGGUUCGACCGCAAGGCGCAGCAGCGUCACUCAGCGCGCAGCGCCGAGGGCGGACAAGUGCGCGAGGAGACAAUGGAGUGGCUGAAGCUGCAAAAGACGAGCAGCGCGGCUCAGCCCGCACGCACCUCGAGCGGACCCAGCGAAAUCACCGUGCUGAAGGACGAGCUGCCCGACUGGCUGCUGGAGCAUUUGCCGCGCCAGCGUGAGCGUCAGUCCAAUGCGGACAAGCCUGUGAGCUCCGCCUAUGCCAAGGCGCUGGCCGAGCUGCUCAAGAAGCCGCUGUCACGCCAAAGCUCCGGCCCAGGCGCCUGCGAAGUGUCGCUGCUCAAGACGGACAUUGUCGAGUGGCUGACCAAGAUGCAGACGAGCGUGGCCAGCAAGUCGACGCGUCGCUCGCACCAUCGACGCAACGGCAGCAGCGGCGCCACUCCGCGCUCCAACUCGCAGGAGGAUCACGCGGCCAGUGAACACGCCACGCUGCAGCGCAAGCGCCACUCGCUGGGCCACAGCGGCGGCGAAAGUGGCGCCGAGGAGCUGCCGCUCCCACUGCCGCCCAUGCUGGACUGGAUUGCCUAUCCGCUGCACAAGCUGCACUCGCUGGGCAAGCAGCCCGGCGGCCCGCCGCCCGCCACACAACCGCCAACCAACGUGCCCAGCGGCUACGACGUGCCCGUUGCGGCCACGCACACGCCGCUCUGCCAGGAGCAGCGGCGACGCGAGGAGCGCUCGCGUGAGCGUCGCCUGCGUCACUCCGCCAGCGAAGUGGUGGGCAGCAGCGCUCAGCCCAGCAGCAGCAGCGCACAGCAGCUGGAGCGGCUCUAUGCCAAGCCGCACAAGGAGCGCUAUCAAUAUGUGCCCAAGGAGCCGUCCCAUGCCAGCGCCAGCGCCAGUGCCACGGCCAGUGGCAGUGGCAGGUCCAAGCGCGAGCGCUCGCGUCGCCAUCAGACGCAGCGCUCCGCCACAGUGACGGACAUGUCUGUGCCGCGCGCCGGCUCCACUGUCAUGGGAGCAGCUGCAGCUGGUGCGCCAGCUGGUCAUAAGCGCAAAUCCUCCAGCGCGGAGCGUGCGCCACGCUCGCGCUCACCCUCGCCCUGCACUGAUCCCGCCUGCCCGCUUCUGCCCAUUUGCACAGAUCCCCACUGCCGCUACCAAGAGUGUCGCGCUCGUCGCUGCCUCACCUCCUCCGCCAGCUCGGUGAACCUGGCGCGUCAUCAGCAGCUGGCCCAGGUGCAGCUGCAUGCGGUGCCCGCGCAUCUAGUGGGCGGCUCCGAUGUGACCACGCCCAGCACCACAGCCACGCCGCCACCGCCACUGCCGCCCGUAUCGAGCAUACCCGAGCGUCGGCUCGUCAUCUGCCACGAAUGCCGCUCCUGCGCUCCCCUGCUCAGCUGCCAGAAUCGCAAAUGCCUCAAUGCCGCCAAGUGCAACUCACUGCCUCGCUGCGCCGCCGACUUCAAUCGCCUGCGCACCUCGCUCGCCCAGCCGCCCGCCACGCUGGACACGCUCGACUCCAUUGAGCCGGCGCCGCUCGAGCUGCAGCUGCAGCCACUGCCAGCGCUCAGCUCGCCCACACGUCCGCCGCACUACCGCAGCAACUCGCAGCCGAAUACGCUGCAGCGCGGCGACUCCACUGCCUCCAGCUGCAUGGGCAUGGGCGCCCAGCUGGGCUGGCUGGAGCCGCUGGAGCAGCAGCCCGCGACUGUGCAGCUGCAUCAUGUGCUCAAUGGCGGCAAUGGCAAUGGCAAACUUAUGAAAUCCGCCUCGGCUGCCUCGUUGAACUCGCGUCGACGUCGCCACAAAACCGUGCACUUCGGCGAGAAUCUGCUGCGCGAGGUUUGCCAGAACCGCAAGCUCAUCAAGACGGAGCAAGUGCCAUCGGGAUCGGCGCCCAUGCAGGCCAACAUCCAGAUGCUGUACAACUUUGUCGAGGGCGUGCUCAGCGCCUGGGUGGACGACGACGAGGACCAGGUGCGCUCCGGCGCCGAGUCGGAGCCCGAGCACAGUCUGGUCGCACUCCAGCCGAUUCAUCGUUGCAAUCGCUUGCGCUAUCAGUGCAUACGACGCGUCGUCGAGGAGGCCGCCGAUCUCCAGGGCACCCUCAAGCUGGGCAACUCGCGCUAUCGCCAUCGGCACUGGCGCAGCACCGCCAAGCAAUGCAAUGAAAUGUUCCUUCGCAAGAUUUCGGACGAUGAUCGAAUGAGCCUAACUACUGCCGUUUCGGAUGAAGAUGAUGGCGAAAGUGUCAUGGCGUCACCAUAUAAAGCAAAGGCCACUGGCACCGCUGCAUCCUCGUUCAAUUGCACGGGUGCUGUGCGUAAAGCUGGCUUUCUAUCGGUAAAGAAAUGGUUACUACGCAAGAAGCAUCAAAUCGAGCUGGCGCGCAAACGAGGCUGGAAGGGCUAUUGGGUGUGCCUGAAGGGCACCACGCUGCUCUUCUAUCCGUGCGACUCGCGUGAGGGUCGCAGCGUUGAGGCGGCGCCCAAGCAUUUAAUUAUUGUGGACGGCGCAAUUAUGCAGCCAAUACCGGAGCAUCCCAAGCGCGAUUACAUAUUCUGUCUGAGCACCGCAUUUGGCGAUGCGUAUCUAUUCCAGGCGCCCUGUCAGGUGGAGCUGGAGAACUGGGUGAACAGCAUACAUAGCGCCUGUGCUGCGGCAUUUGCACGUCAUCGCGGCAAAACGGGCACACUGCAUCUGCUGCAGGAGGAGAUCUUUCGCCUGGAGAAAGCCAUUGAAUCGGAUCACAAGCUGAAGCACAUGGCCGAGCUGCAGCAAUCAGUUGUCACCGAUCAGGAGACACGUCAUCAAAUCCAAACACAGAUUCUACAAUGGGAGGAGAACCUGGAGCGUCUGCACUGCGAGCAAUUUCGAUUGCGUUGCUACAUGGCCUCGCUCCAAAGCGGCGAAUUGCCCAAUCCAAAGUCGCUGCUGACGCAUGUGUCGCGCCCUACGAAGAACACUCUGAACAAACUGGGCGUGUUUACGGUCUCCUCGUUCCACGCCUUCAUCUGCGCCCGUUCGCCGUCGUUGCUCAACAAUCUGUUGGCUGGACGUGGCGCCACCAAACGUCGACCGCCGAUGCUAUCGCGCUCCAAUAGCGGCUCCAGCCGUCGCUCCAUGCAGAUGAAUUCACGUGACGAGCCGGAAAAAACCUUCAAAGUUGCAAUGCCCGACAAUGCUUACUCGACAGUUUAUCUACGUGAUGCGAUGUCUGUGGAGGAAUUCCUUGCCAGCGCCUGCGCCCGUCGCAACCUCAAUCCCAUGGAGCACUUUGUGCGCGUUAAGAAGCGACGUGACAUGGAGGAUCACAAUUACUUUGUGCCGCAUCGCAAUGAUCUGAUUGAAAAUUAUCUGCACAACCACGAGUUCGUGGAAGUCUGCAUGAAGAUUCUGUACCAGGUGGAGCUGCAGCGCACUACGCUGGAGCAGAUGUGGGGCUUCUCCGUGGAGGCGGAGCUGAUCGAGAACGCCGAGCGGCAGGACGAGCUCUGCUGCUAUGUGAGCCGCGUCGAGGACAAGAGCGUGGCCAUGCACAAUGGCAUUAUCAAAGGAGACGAAAUAAUGGUCAUCAAUGGUGCGAUUGUAUCCGAUCUAGAUAUGAUGUACUUGGAAAGCGUCCUACAGGAGGAACAAUCCCUUAGCAUGAUGAUGCGCUCCUCGCGCACCGAGCCGCCAGAUCUAGUGGGAAUAAUGCGUGUUACGGAUGAUAUGAUUGAUUCGCUGGUGUGCCCGCCGCCACCCACAGAUCCGCCCGUGAUGAGUGAGGAGAUGAUCACAGGACUCAUUGUGCCAGCGCCGGGUUGGAAUGGCAACGGCAAGGAUUUGUAUUCACCGGAGGCAGAAAGCUCGCCGGCGCCCUCAUUUGUGGACCCCACCAUGGCGCAGCUGACUGUGGGCAUGGCCGGAGUCUCGGCGCUGGGCGUGGGCAAGCCCACAUCGCGCACCAGCAGCUUUGAAAUCGAGAAUCUACUCAAGACGGCGGAGCAAGUUACCGGAUUUUGUCGUUCACCUCAGGAAACGCGCAAAUCGAGCCCCACGGGUUCAGUCACAUCAUCAGUCUCGACCACAGCGCUGACGCCAUCGCGCCAACUCACCGAUGCCGAGAAGCUGCGCAAAGUCAUCAUGGAACUGGUGGACACCGAACGCACCUACGUCAAGCACUUGAACAAUCUGCUCGAGCACUAUUUGGAGCCCAUGAAACGCGAAACGUUUCUAUCGAAUGCGGAGAUUAAUGCGCUCUUUGGCAACAUACACGAGAUUGUUACAUUCCAGCGACAGUUUCUACAGAAUCUCGAAGAGUCGCUCGAACUUGAGCCGGAAUUCCAUAAAUUCGAGCACAGCGGCCAGUUUAGGAAUGUGCUAUUUGCCAUAGGCUCCGCUUUUCUCUAUUAUGUCAAUCACUUCAAGCUGUACUCAUCGUUCUGCGCUAGUCACAGCAAAGCUCAAAAGGUUCUACAUCCAAGUAAACUGAGCGUGGUAUGAAAGGAAUUCCUCGCCGCUCGCAAUCCCAAGCAGCAGCACAGCAGCACCUUGGAGUCGUAUCUGAUCAAGCCCAUACAACGCAUACUCAAGUAUCCGCUGCUGCUCCAGCAGAUGCGCAACCUGACAGACCAACGCGCCGACGAGCACAUGCACCUAUGCGAGGCGCUGAAGGGCAUGGAGAAGGUGGCGGAGCAUAUUAACGAGAUGCAGCGCAUACAUGAGGAAUAUGGCGCCAUAUUCGAUCAUCUGUUCAGGCAGCAUCAAAAGUCCUGCAAGCAGCCAAUCGACUUGACUCCAGGCGAUCUGCUCUACUACGGCGGCGUGGAGUGGCUCAAUAUAUCCGAUUUUCUGGGCAAGAUCAAGAAGGGACUGGAGCUGCACGCCAUGUGCUUUGUCUUCAAAUCGGCGGUGGUGUUCCUAUGCAAGGAACGUCUGCGCCAGAAGAAGAAACUAAUGGGCGUCUCGAGCAAGAACGCACCCAAUGAGGUGGAAAUUAUUCGCUAUCAGGUGCUCAUACCUGUCACCGAGGUGCAGGUACGCGCCAGCUCGGCCAAGGACAUGGACUCGCACUUCCUUUGGGAGCUCAUACAUUUGCGCUCGCAGCUGCAGCGCCGCUCCGAGAAGGUUUACGUGCUCUCCAACAGCACCGCCGACUUCCGCAACGCAUUCCUCAAGACCAUUAGGCAAAUCAUACGCGAAAGCGUGCGCAACAUGUCAAUUCCCAUGAAGAACUUUGGCGGCAGCUCUGGCUCCGUCUCGGGCCUCUCCAGCCAGCUGGGCGGCUAUGCAGGCAACUCGCAAACGCUGGAGCGACCCAAGCAGCAGAUUACCAUUGUGCAUGGCUCGCAUACGCUGGGCAAGCCGAAGAAGAAGUCUGGCUCACAGCGUCACUCGGCGGGCAAUAUUGACUAUGACAAUCUGUCGGGCAGCCAGGAAGGCGAUGAGCUGCCGCCCAGCGUGGUGGGCGUGGUGCAUUAUGCGCCCACGCACACGCAAAGCCAACAGAUUCAGCCCCAGCCAGGCGGCGGCGGCGGCUUUCGAGGUCGCAGCAAAACUCUGGGCGAUGUCACAGAAAUCAUUUACUCCUCCGCAGAUCCACAACAGCAGCAGCAGCGACAACAACAGCAGUCGCAGCAGCAGCAACAAGCACACCCACACCCACACCCGCAUCCACAUCCCCGUGAGCCACCGCCGCCACCCAUCAGGCAGCCGCAUUUGCAUCAUCACAGCAGCGACAUUGAGCGCAUCGAUCCGGGCACCAAGUCGGAGGGCGAGGAGGAUUCGCAACAAGGCACAAUCAGGCCCAAGGCCACGCUGGGCCGUACACCCAAUCACCUGACACUGAGCACCACAUCGACGCUAUCGGUGGGCAGCACUGGCAGCCAGGCGCGCUUGAUACAAUCAUCGCAUCCGCCGGCGAGCUAUCAGCCGGUGCUGAUGAAGGAUCUAGGUAAGCACUUGCCCGACGAAUCCGAGCUGGAGUCGGAGGCCGAGGCACAUGCCGCACAGGUGGCAGCCAACUUUAAUCUAAGUCUAGGCAGUAGCGGCAGCUUGUUUGCCCAGCAGAGUAGCGACCAAUCAAUACCAAUACCAAUCCCGACCCCCACACCUCAGACCCUCAGGCACUUGUCGCCGCGGCAAUCGCCACGCCAGUCGCCCAAGCAAGAGAUCGAAGUGAUCGAGAUCUUUGAGUCAGAGUCAGAGCGGCUGGCGGCCUCACAGCAGGUGGCCGUAGUGCAUCAGCAUGGCAACCAGGCCAGGGAAUCUCAGCACAAGCGACGCGAGCGCGAACGCGAGCGUGAACUGGACGCCACGGCGCGCAUUAUGGACAAGCAUCUGUGCGAGCUGGAGCAGGAGGAUUUGGCAGCAGGCACUUGCGACAUAGCCGCCUAUAUGGCCAGCCUGCGUGAGAAGUCCUUCGAGCAUGUCGCCGAGGCUGAGGAGACGCUCGAUCCGCAGCAGAACGACUCGAGCUUGUCGCCCGAGCCGCAGACUGUGGUGGAGAACACCCAACAGACUGUCGUGGUGGACAUAGAGUCGCCCUCGCGUCCGGCCACCGAGUCGGACAGCACUGGCGGCAACACCACGGGCCCCUCGGAGCGCUCCGGCGAUGAGACAGAGACAGAGACCAGCUCGCUGGCCUCGCACAUUGUUGUGAUUGACAAGAAGGUGGACAAGAUCUUCAAGGCCAAGUCGCCGGAGCGUGCCACAGGCACCAAGCCCAAGACCAGCAAGCGCCAGAGCAUCUACAUAUCGCCGGAUCGCGCCAAGUCCCAGGGCAGCUCGCCAGUGCGCAUUAUAAAGAUCAAGUCGCCGCGCAGCAGCGUCAGCGAGCAGGGCAAGCGUCUGAGCAUCUGCAGCAGCAGUCGCGACAACUCGCAGGAUCGUCUACAAGGCCGACGCACGCCCAGUCCGCGGCGCAGCUCCGAGGGCGGCGGCGGCAUACUAAAGCACACUACGACUCCAGGCGCAAGCAUUUUGAAGCCACCAGCUAGUCCGGCCAAGUCCAAGAGUCCCGAUCGCAGCUGCCUGAAGAAGGGCGGACCCUCGCACGUCUGCGAGCCCAGCGGCUCCGGCUCUGGCCUGUCGCCGCGCAUCUCGCCACGCAGCAGCAUUGAUCAUCUGUCGCCGGAUCGCGCCAGCAUCUGCCAGCGCCACUCGCCGCGCAGCAGCUUCGACAGCCACGGCGGCUCCGAUCACAAUCUGGACGUGCCCUAUGCGGGCGGCUCACGCAAGCGCAGCAUGUCCGCCCACGGCAGCUUCGAGACGGGCCAGCAGUCCUACGCACAGGAGACAUAUCAAUACUAUCCCGUGUAUGACAAUCAGACCUGCAGCGAUCACUACGUGGCCGCCGCGCCCACCAGCAGCCGCUACAAUGCGGGCCACGCUGGCAAUGGGCGCAGUCGUCUGAGCAAGUCGCUGGAGCGCACCGCCAGCCGCGACAGUCGCGACAGCAGCAACAACUAUCGCGCCUAUGGCAUCUCGCCGGAGCGCCCCAGCCAGAGCUACGUAGUCUACAGCUCCGGACCGCUGCGCUCGCAGUCGGCGGAGAACAACUUCUCGCAGCCCAUCUACGAUGCGCUGCCCAGGCAUCCGCCUCAGCAGUACAUGCCCAUGAUCAACUACAUGCAACAAGCAGAGCAGGAGCUGAGCUACGAGCCGACGCCGCCGCCGCACGCCUGCACGCAUGAGCCGAACUAUCAGAUGAGCUCCUCAGCUCCGGAGUACACCACUUGCAUUGACUGUCUGUAUCAGAAGCGACCCUCCUAGCAUAAGUCCCGCGUGCGGCAAAGUCGCACGCGGAAGAAGACGCCACGAGGCGGCAUCGUCAUCAGCCAACAGCCCACGGCCAGCGGCGGCAUAGGCUACUUGCCCGAGAUGGGCGCAGGCGCAGGCGAAUGCCCGAAUUCCGGCGGCUGUGUGGAUUGCCAUGACUACUUCGAGAUACAUGUCUAAAUGGACAACAACAGCAACAACAACAAUUCCAACAAUUACAGGCUGAGAGAAAAACAGGGAACUAACCAAAGAUAACACGAGCAACAACCCGAAAUGCCUCAAACUAAAUAAAUUAACUACAUAACUAUUAAAUGCGAAUAAAUAUUUAAAACUUUGCGCCCUAAAUUACAGAUAUACGUAAACUAAACACACACACAGACAUUUAUAGGGGAGACACACACAGACACUCAAGAUGAUAGUUAAACAAUAAAAUGCACAGUUGCUGUUAAACUAAGUUAAAGUGAGCUACUAAACACUAAACUAGUUCUUAUGAGCAGAUGUCGAAAGUUUUUGCCGCUGCAAUCAGCAGGUUAAUUAAGGUUGGCCAUGAUUUGCAAGCGGUAUACACAACGUAUACGCAAUGCAACGCAUAUGCAGCAUACGCAGCGUUGCACACACAAUACUCAAGUGGUGUAAUUAUGUGAAACUAACUAAAGUUGAAAUUCGUACUCGCACAUAGAUACAUACAUACAAACAAACUAUAUAGAACUUUUCUCUACACACACACAGAGCAGUACUCACUACACAGCUGGGAGUAAAAUUUGUUCCGAGAAAAUGUCAGCAAACUGUGUCACUGACAUGUUUCCCCAAGACUUGAUGAGCAAAUUUUUAAUUAAUGAAAAUGCAGCUGCUGCUAGCGCAUAUAUUUUAAUUUAAGUCUAAGUGAAAAUGCGGGUUGGCAACAUUCUAUAGGUUAACAUUAUACAACAAACUAUAUAACUAACGGAAAUCAAAUGAAAAUCAAAUCAAAUAUUUAUUAUAUAUGUACUUGUAGUUAGUUAGAUAAAAGUCUCAGUCUAAACCAAAAUUAAACAAUGUUGUGACAAAUAAUUUGCAUACUUUUAUAAUAUUUUAUGAGUUUAUUGUUCAGUUCAGACAUAUUUCAGUUAAAUUAGGCAAAUUUAACAAAUACAAUAAAUGCAAAUGCAAAGUAAAUGUAUUGAAGAAUGAUAAUCGUAAGUUGUACCUCAAUGUUCAGUAUUAAAUACAUAAGAGCUACAUAUACUAUAUACAUACAAACUAUAUAUAUAUAUAUAUACCAAUCGAGCAGGCAGAUAGACAUCGCGCUCAAAUUAACAAAUAUUCUUAGACGUAAGUUUGGGUGGCAGCCAGGAAGCAAAUACUAAUUAUUCAGGCAUUAUAUACAAACAGAAACCCAACACGGACUUAUAGAUCAAAUGUCAGGUUGUUCAAGCGUAAAAGCGUAAAAGUAUUCAAAUAAAUAUACAUGCAUACAUACAAAUAUUAAUUAAGCUAUUCAACAAAACUAAAGCAUAAAGAUAAAAACCAAAAAACAUUUACAGUUUUCACUGGGCUUUACAGCAGCAAAAUCAAAAUAAACUAAAACGAAAAACAAAAACCAAACAGAAGUAAAUCAAAAUAAAUAAAUAAGCAUUCAACUAACUACAUGUGAAGGAUUAAAAUAAAUAUUUAAAGCAUAAACCCUAAUCAAAUAUGAAUCAAAAUAUAAAAUAAAAUGUGUCUAAAACUAAAACUCAAUGUUGCGAACAAAAUUGUUUAAAAUACCGUAAUACCACAAAAUGAAUAAUCAAAAACACUAAAAUCAAAUCUAGCGCGAGCAAAAUCAACAAAAUACGUAAACUAUAUAUAAUAUUUAAGCACAAAAGUAAACACACGCUCUAAUUAACUAAAAACGUAAAACUAAAAGCGAAAUUAAAUACAAGCAGCUCUUUGGACAGCGACAAAUUUUCGAGUAAAAUGCAUUGCAGCGAUUCCCUGUGCCCACGCCCACGGCCCACGCCCACGCCCAAGCCACUGACCCGGCCACCCCUUUUUAGUUUCGAGUAGGCGCCCCACCCAUUAUAUAUAUAUAUAAAUUAGUUGUGUAUUCAUUAGUUAUAGUUUUUAGUCAUAUUAUUAGCAGGUAAGUGUGCAUCAAUGUAAUUAGGCGCAUAUUGUGUAUUGUAUAUUUAAUUAGUAAAUUAAUUGAAUUAAUUAUUAAAUGAAUACAACGGGUGAUAUUUAAUUUUGUUGAAUUAAAUUAAAUUAUAUUAAUUGCUGGACAGCCAUAAAAUCAAAUCUGAUUUAUUAUUGUACCUAAGUCACACACACACACACACACACAAUGCGUUGUAAGCAGUACACACUGUACUACACACACACACACACUCUAUUAACUCUUAGUUGACAUCGCUUGAUAU